GGGAGUGAGAGACGGAGGAUGAGAGAGCACAGCACACACGCACGCACGCACGCACACACAGUACAUUUACCUCACGAUUAGCCUACUGCGCAGAACUCAGUCAGCGCACAAACCUGCAGGACCUUUACAUGACAAACACGCUGUACAGAUGUGAAAGGAUAUACAAAACACAGCACCUGGAUUUAAACGACGAUAUCAUUUCGGUGUGCUCAUUACAAUGGGGAUGGAUCGGAGGCGGAGAGCAUCCCUGGCGCUCACCUUGAACUUCCUCGCGCUGAUACUCGCCAUCUCCGCACUGACUACCAGCUACUGGUGUGACGGCUACAGAAAAGUUGUAAAACCCGUGUGUACCGGCCCGGUGAGAGGAAAACAAACACAUUGCAUUAGAUACAACAGCUCAAACAUCAACGACAGCAAGCUGGUACAGUAUAUAUGGGAGACCGGUGAGGAUAAGUUUGUACUUAGGAAGUUUCACACCGGUAUUUGGUUUUCCUGUGAGCAGAACGUCGACCUUGUCGGUGAGAAAUGCAGAAGUUUCAUAAAUGUCGCCCCUCCCCAUGAGCAAGGUGUCUUAUGGCUGUGCAUUGUGGCUGAGUGUCUCUACAUCUUACUGUUGGCCACUGGAGGAAUUCUGAUGUCCAUCGAGGUCUGCCAUUUUGGAAACGUCAUUGAUGGAUUGAAACUGAACGCCUUUGCUGCCAUAUUCACAGUCUUGUCAGGUCUUCUUGGUAUGGUAGCACACAUGAUGUUCACAACAGCUUUCCAGUUAACUGUGAGUCUGGGCCCUGAAGACUGGAAACCACAAAACUGGGACUACAGCUGGUCUUAUAUCUUGGCUUGGAGUUCGUUCACCGCAUGCAUGGCGUCCUCAGUAACAACUAUAAACAGAUACACCAAGACUAUCCUUGAGUUCAAACACAAGCGUAAGAACAUUGAGAAGAACCUGAAAAUCAAGCAGAAGUUACUGGACCUGGAGUCUCCAGAGCAGGUGUGGGACAUGUACAUCAGCUCUGUGCCCAGUACAGCUGAAGAGUUUCUGGACCUGUCAAGUUCUGGACGCAAGCUGUCCACCAACUCUGUCUUCCUGGAUAUCAAUGACCUGCCAUCUCCACAAGGAGAGGAAUACUGUUAAAGCCAAUACAGUACAGGACUUAAUAUAUUAUAAAGCAUAAUCAACUUUGGCUUUGUACUUGUGUGUGUAUGUAUUUGAUAGAUUGAAACCUUCAUCCAAGGCUCUUUAAGACCAUGCAUUAAGUUUUCAUACCUGUGCUCUUGGGAUCAUGUUUUGUUUGAUGUACUAUGUUGGUUGAUGUUAGGUGAUGCUGUAUGUUUUAGUUUGUUGUUAAUGGUCGUAUAUUUUAUGAUACGGAAUGGAUAAAGAAUAUUUAUUUAUGGAUA